GAAUAUGUUGUGGCAUAAAUUUAUUGGCUUCGCAAUCCUCAGCCUGGUGCUGAGUCAACUCGAGUUUGUUCAGAGUGAUGUCGUUGCUUCCGGUUGCAAGGGGAACUUUUCCCCAGUGGCAGACAAAUGUCUUAUUGCCGUCAGCAAUUAUAGCACUUGGUAUGACGCGGAUCGUCAUUGUCGUUCUUUGGGAGCUGGACUUCUCAGUCUGCAGAAUCAGACACAGUUGCUGCAAAUUACUGAAUGGCUUAAUAUCAGAAUGCCCAACACUUUAGAAUUGUGGACAUCGGGCAACACUCUGGGCGCCAAGGAGGGAACCUAUUACUGGCAGAGCACCGGCGAGGAGGCUCUUUAUCUUCCCUGGUCAGCAGGACCACCUGAACCUUCUAGUGGCGACUGCUUGACUCUUUAUGUCAACGGCCUCAACAACUGGGGAUCCUUCAAUUAUAGUCUGGGAGUCAGGACUUGCAACACAUUAGCAGCUCUUGUCUGCGAGCAGGAGGUACAGAAAUAUCCAAGUGGGAUUUGUCUCAAGACUGAAGCCUACGAAAACAUUCAGGUUUUGGCCUAAAAAAAUUAUUUAAAAUAAUUUGUUUUUAUUUAAUAAAAGACACGAACAUUAACUUAA